AUGAGUAAAUUAUCAAAAGAGAAAACUUUGUAUAUUAAUAUUAUUACAUUACUGAAAUUUGUCUUAAUGAUGAUUAUGUGGACUGAAACAGAUUUUGAUUUAAUUUAAGAGAAUCAAAUUGAUUAUAGAAGUUAUAGUCUAGAAGUUUACGGUCUUAUGAUCUUUUUUGUAAUUGCAAUAGAAUCUUAAAUUUUUAAAACUAUUGCCAUUUUAUUUUCUUUAUUUUAUACAAUAAUAAGGUAAUUUUGAUAAAAUAAGAUAGGUAACCUAAAUUCUAAAAUUAUAUCGAAAUUAUUGCUUCAACCAAAAUUAUUUUAAUUCAUAUUUUCCUUUAAUUAUUUUAGAUAUAUCACUAAUAUAUGAUACCAAAAACAAACACAGAAUUUUAAUCAAAAAAUUAAUCUCCAUUGUUUUCAUAAAGAGUAGUUUAAUUAAUCAGUUAAAGAGAUUAAACAGAGCCUUUAAAUAAAAAAAACAAUAUUUAAGAAGCAGUUUCAGAAGAGUUAGAUAAUUAGAAAACAAUACUUCAAAAGGAAGAUUUAUUCGAUGUAUUAGUAACAGGAUUUUAAUGCGGUAUUUAUAUACUAGAGAAUGUAAAAUAACCUGUCUAUAUUAUUAAUUCUUUUAUGUCCCAUAUUGUCUUAAUUGAUGAAAAUCUAAAUAGCGAUUUAAUUUAAUUAGAAUUAUUUGAUUUUGGGAUUAUGUAAGAAAACUAAUCUUUAACAAUUUUACCUAAUUUUCAUAGAAGCAAAGACAUUAAUCAAUUUAUUGCAUUUACAUAAACAUUUGAGUAUGAUAAUUUUUAUAUUAUUGGACAUAGAAUAUUUGUUUUUAAAAUAUAGAGUAGAACGAAAAAAAAGAAAUUUAGUUAUUUUGCAGGAAGAUGCAAAUGAAAACAUUGAUUGAACAUUUGAUUGCUUUUUCUCAUAUUAAAUUUACAAUGGUUAAAUAGAGUUUAGAUUUCUCAUUAAAAAUUUACUUAAAAAAAGGUAUUGUUUUAGUGAUAAUCUAGAUAAAUUAUUUACAUAAGUAAUUCUCAAUCCUAUUAUAAUUUCCGAUAAACCAUAAGUUGUAAUAUAUAUAUAAGAUCUUACAGAAGAACCCUUUAUUCUAUAAUUACAACAAUAUAUUAAAAAUGGUGAUGAAUUAAUUCAAACAAUAUCUUAGAAAAUUAAAGAACCUUUGAAUUGCACUUUAUCGAUGUUAGAAUUAGUUUAAGUAUGAUAUAUAAUAAUUAACCUAAAAAGAAAGAAGUAAAUAAAGAAUUGUAAACGAAAUAUAUAGACCCUGCUUUAGCUGGUUGCAAAUUAUUAAUUAGCACAGUCAGUGAUAUUUAAGAUUAUGUUACUUUACAUAAAAAUAAUAAGUUAGAAAAAAGUUUAAUGGAUAUACACACAAAGGAAUUUAUUUCGGAUUGUUUGAAUAUCAUAAAAUCUUAAGCUUUAUUUCGAGGUUUGAGUAUAUAAGUGAACAUUAAAUAAAAUGUGCCAAUAUUCAUAAGAACAGAUCCUAAUCGUUUUAGAUAAAUAAUACUAAACUUACUUGGUAGUUAUUUAAUUUAAUUUUACAGUUAAGUCAAUUUAAUUAACUAUUAAUGGAUUUAUAGAAAUCGGAUGCCAAAAGUCACCCUUACUAGCUGAUCAUAUCGAAAUUCUCAUUAAAGUUAUGGCUUAAAAUGUUAACGAAGGAAUUUUAGAAUCUAUUGAAUUAACUUUAAAACAUCUUAAAUAAUAAACUUUACUUAAUCCAUAAGUUAUUGAUUUGGUUGCAACAUCAAAAUAAUUCUGUUUUUCUAUCAUUACUGCAUUUUACAUAUCAUUAGCUAUAGGAAUUAUGCAUUUUGAAUUUAAUACUAUAAAAACAGAUGAUGGAACACAGUUUUAUUUUGUAUUACUAAUAAAAAAUGAAAAUCCAAAUUUUAAUUAGUAAUUAACAUAAAAAAGACAAUCAGCUUUAAUUGCAAAUAAAUAACAAUUUCAAUAAAUAUUUGGAUAAAAUAAUUUAUAUCGAAGACACUAAUCAUAAAGACUUACAGAAAUAAGUAGAUUAUAAAUUUAAUAAAAAUUGGAGAAAAUAAAAAGAGAAUCUUAAAUUGAGACCACAUUGGAAAUGAGAGAAUCUAAUUUACCUUAAUUUGGUCAAUAAGAUAACUCUGAAUUAUAAUAGCCUAAGAAAUAGUACUCUGUUUCAUAAAUUUCAGAAUAAGAUGACUCUAAAAGUUCUUCUCAUGAUUCUAAAAAUGAGUUUAAUGAUCAUGAAUAAUUUUUUGAGGCAAAAAUUAUUUCUAGUAAAUCAAGUCUUUAUCUUAAUGAUAAGAUUGAGAUAAUAGAAAAGUAAUAAUAAACUUCAUAAUAUUUUGAAACUAUUUUAUAAGAUAGAGAACCUAAACCCAGAAAGAUAUCAGUAAGUAUGAUUUAGACGAGAUUAAAUUAAUAAAUUUAAUAAUAAUUAUCAUCUAAUUAGAGAGACUCUCUAUUAACUUUUGGAGGAAGAUCUUCAGUUUAUUCAUCAAUGAGAGUUUCUUCUGUAAAUUUAGGUCCUAAUGAAUUAUUAGAUUGUUUUGAAAAAAUGGAAAAAAUUAAAAAUUAGUAAUUUAUUUAUAAUUGCUAAGUAAAUAUAAUUAUUUAAUUUUUUAAGUGUCCAAAAAUAUUGAUUUGUGAGCAAAAUGAUUUUGAUUUAUAUGCAAUAUCUCAUUAAUUGAGCAAUUUGAAAAUACCAUACAUAUAUACAAUGUAAAGAAUUCACAUAGUUGAUUUAUUAAGAAAGUAAUUUAGUUAGUUUAAAACUUGUUGUAAAGGUUAUCAUAUAGUUUUUAUUGGAGUUGAAUAUGUCAAUGAAUAAUUAAUAGCUGAUUGUUAGAAAAUUAAGAGUGUUCUUGAAGAAUUUUAAAAGGACACUAAUCUAAUUGGAUUAAUAGGAUUUUAGGGAGAAGAUUUUAAAACAACCAUUAAAAAGUUGCCUUUCCAUGACUGCUUAUCAAAACCAAUUAUGAUUGAUGCUUUACUAUUUAUUAUGGCCAAAUGGGUUAGAUUAUGA